AAACCUUGAUAUUGUCAUCAGAUCUUUUUCCAUCAUCUAGGAAGCCGAGUUUGAGCAGCGGUUCGCACUGUUGAGUACGGAACUCUUAGACAGUUUCGAAAAAUAGCUCUCCCAGAUAGUAUAGGGGGAAAAAUUAGAAAUCUUCAAGCCAAUGGGACAAGUAAAAGUUGAAAGAGGCAUUGUAAAGUACUAUUUAGAUCGUGUGCAUUGCCUCUCGUCUAUAACUGAUACUGAGGAAAAACAUAGCUUUAUACUAAAUACAUUUUUGGCUUUUCAAAAAGAUGGUUGGAAAAUAGCAUUACAUCCACAAGUAUGCUGGUGUUUAGAAGAAUUAAUUACACAUGCAAAUGUAGAAUGUAUUACUGUUUUGCUAAAAAUUCUAUCCAAAAAUUGGGCUCGAAUUAUCAAUAGUAAAUUUGCAUAUCAUGUACUUCAUAAAGCAUUAUUUCAAUGUCAAACAUUUGAAUAUCAUGCAGAUGAAUUGAUUAUUGAUUAUGUACAAAGUUUUUGUACUCAUAUGAAAGAAAAUCUAUCAGUCUAUCUAACUGAUUCACAUGCAACACAUACAUGUCGUAUUUAUCCACAAAUUUUAGCUGGAGUUCGCUUAGAAAAGGAUAAAACAACAAAUACUUUCAAGUCAAAUGUUCAACUAGUUACAGCUUACGAUGAAAAUUAUAUUGAAUCACUUACUCAAUUGUGUAAAGAGUUCUUAUUUACAAAAGCAUUAAAAAAUCAUGUAGUCAAUGAGUGUCUUUGUCCAUUUAUACAAGUAUUAUUACUUGUUGCAUCAGUUCGUCUGUCGGAUGUAUUUGUGAAAAAAUUUAAAAAGAUUAUGAAAUAUUCUGGUUUGUUUAUUACGAAUUUAGAAGAAAAUAAUUUGAUUGAAAGAUAUCUUGGCUCUUAUACCAACCCAGUUGCUUCCUACUUCGCUGAACUUCUUGUGGAGGUUAUGCCAGGAGCUAAUUUUGCAGACUUUUUAAACUCAUAUAUUUUAUCCAACUGCGCAGUCUCUUUGGAUUGCAAAAAUUCAAAUCCUAUAACAUUAGCCGAUCUUCUAAUGUCAAAUCCAACAGCAAGCCGUGUGUUACGAGCAGUUAUUCGACGUUUAACAAAACCAGUUGAUAUUAAAAACUUUUUUACUGUUAUUCAGUCAUGUAAAAGUAACAAGUUUGGGUUACGUAGUAUCAUUCCCAAUAAACAGUAUGGCAUAUUAACAGAUUUGGCUGAUUUAUGCAUUAGACAUCCUUCGGAAGAAUUUCAGCGUACAUUUCUACGGAUGUUACCAACGAUUUUUGGCUUUAUUAAAAAAGAUAAUUCCAUAUGUAAAGACAAUUUAUUCAUUCGUUGUCUUAUUGGUAUGAUAACUUUGAAUGAGUUAAAUGAUUACAUCAAUAAUCAAUCCAUUGAACACAAAGUCAAUGUUACCACUGAAGAUGAUAGUGAUGAUAAUAAGAAUAAGAAUAAUCAACAUUUAAACAGCGAAGAAGAUUUAAUUAAUCCAGUCAGUUUACCAGGAUGUUUAUUUGUAAUCACAUUAUUUAAAUUCACUUAUGCUUAUCCUAUGAAAGUGAUUAUUAGUUUAUUGAGUCAAUCAUCGAAAUGUUUAACUGCAUGGGCACAACAUAAUCAAUUGUCAAGAGUUUUGGAAGCAUUCAUCUCAUCGGAAUCAAUUAUGAAUGAACGUAAAAUUACUUUAUUCAAAUCUUUAAUGAAUAGUUUCACUGUAUUAGCAUGUGAUCCUAAUGGUAGUCAUAUUGUAGAAGCAUUUUUGACAGUGACAAAUACAUGGCCACAAUCAAUCAUGUAUAAAGAAUUAAUAGCUGAACAAUUAAAUCCAAUUGCCAAUCAACUUCAAUCACAUAAAUAUGGACAUUUUAUUUAUAUGAAAUUAUCAUUAGAAUUAUAUAGAAAUAAUAAAACUCUAUGGUUAACUCGUAAUAAAUCUAAUCAUACAAUGAAUAAUAGUAAUAGUAAUGAUAAGAAGAAUAAUAAGAAUCAUAAACGACCUGUUGUUGAAAAAUUACAAGAUUCGAAACGUCCACGGAAAUCGCUCGCAUAGCUUUUACAUAUAUUAAAUGUGAUAUCAUUGUACAUAUAAACAAGACAUUUUUGUAUUUACAAAAAAAAAUUAAACAAUUCAGAAAUUGUAACAUCACUUUUUCCUAAUCG